ACCGCGUCAUCACGGUGCCCGUGCCCGCACGCCGAGCUCAGCUCCCCUCGCGAGCUUGGUGCUCGUGUUGCGUGCCUGCCUUCCAUUCAUGCUUCCACUGCCCGCACAAUUGCAACGGUGACGCACAACGAAGCACACGCACCAUUGGAUUCCAGGCCUCUCAUUUCAAGCUUCAGCUAGCAUCUCAGCUUUAGCAUGACUAGCUGAGAAUACUCCACCUCUAGGCGCUCCGUCAGUACUGUACCAAAAUGGAGAGAAGGAAGUGGUUAGCGGUGAGGGAGUAUAAUUCAGAGGUUCCGAAGCGGCCUGCGUAUUAUGAGGAUCAUGCAAAACCUGCCUGGAUAAGUGCCUCUAUGAUGGCCGUUGCGGCAGCUGCCAUGAUCAUAGGAGGCCAUUUCUUCAGCCGCCGCGGAGGCAGGCGUACCGGUGGCGAUGGGAGAAACCAUGGAAGGUCGGCAUCGACUGGUAAUCCUUCCAGUAGGGAUAGUACAGAGCCACGGGACAAUUUUCCUGUGAACUUGGCCCAACUUCGGGCAUUACGAGCAGAGGCAGCUGAAGCUCGUCUUGCGAAAGAGAGCAACAGCACCGCCAGUUCAUCACUCACGCCCUUGGGCUCCAUUCUCAUGCUUGCACGCAAGGUGGAUAAACUUGGCGAGGAAUGUUAUGUUUUUUUAAGCAGCGCUGGUUCAAGCAUCGAAUUGAGUCCCACCCAGCAAAAGGAACUUGCACGAUUGAUGGAACUUCUGACUCAAUUACAACUUAAGAUUGACGGUGUUAAAGGUGAUGAAACUGUACGACCCCAUCGCAAGAUCCAGACAAAACGAGUGCAGUCCCUUCUUUCAGAUUUGGAAAAGGUAUCAAGUGGAAGCGGGAAGUAAGACGGCAAAUGCAUGACCCCAGAGAGCGCUGCUGAUUAUUGUCCAGAACGUGUAUCAAUAAUACGUUGAUUGCCUUACUAGGAAAGUAUAGAAAUUGUUAUUAUACUUAACUGUAUAGUAGUCACAAAGCAUGUACAAUAGUAGCACCGUGCUCCUGUUUGGAAACAGAAUUCCAAGCGUGCAUUCGGAAGCAUAUCGGAUGCGUAGAAAGCAUCACUUACCAUGCAAAACAAAACUUUCAAGAGCAUACAGAAAUCCUUCUCAUUUAUUGCGAGUU